UCACGUGUUUAAAUUACGUAAUUGCCGGUACAAAAUCAGUUUGAGUUUGAUUUUUCAUCUUGCAAAUUCAAUUUAUCGAUUUGUAUUACUGCUUUAAGUUUUAAACAAAAUGGCUGAUGCGGAGCGGCCUACCCGCUCACGUAAGCGCAAGUGCGAUUCGAAUAAAGACGCGCUAGAUGCCAUCCUUGCUAGAUUAAACUCACUUGAACAACGUUUUCACGUUCCUCCGCCGCCGACGCCCGAGCCUUUCGUCCCACAGCUCAUGGCGUCGCCAGAGCUACCCGUGCCACCGAGUAGCGCCGCAGCUGACGACAAUUUCUUGGCAUCCGCGAAUCGCAGGCCGUUAUACACGUCAAGGGAAAGCAUUCCUAACAGCGAGGAUACAACCGGCAGAAUCGUGGAGGUCAUCUCAUCGCUUGUCAAAGUAAGGUCUCAAAAUUAUUUCAUAUCGAAUUUUGAUCCAAAAGUGCACAAUAUCGAUGUCUGGUGUGAGGAAGUCGAUAGGGCUAAGGAGACGAACGGUUGGGACGAUAAUGAGUGUCUAUCGCGAAUCGGUAAUUAUCUAAAAGGCGAUGCGCGUAUUUGGUUGCAUGAAUGGUCUAGUUCAGAUCGCUCAUGGACAAAUUUUAAACGCGAUUUUAAAGCUUUGUGCCCCAGAGACAUUGAUAUUGCGUCUAUUCUUUAUGAGGUGAUGUCCACGAAUUCCAAUGGUUAUGAUACCUACGCUGAGUACGCCAGACGUUCAUUAUUAAAGUUAGCCUUAGUGCGGGGCUUGUCAGACGAACUAAUUGUUGCUAUAGUACUUAGGGGCAUCGUAGAUCCUCACGUUAAAGCCGCCGCGACGAAUUCAAAACUACAACCGAAUGAUCUAGUACAGUUUUUAUCGAUGUACGUGAAACUCAAAAGUAAUUUUAAAUCAACCCGUGAAUCUUUUCGUGCCCCACAUGCUGGUCAGUCUGUUGCGAGACAUAGUGACGGCAGGAAAAUUAAUAGCGACAUGAAGUGUCAUUUUUGUGGCAAGUUUGGGCAUAAGCGCAUUGACUGUCAUAGUGCUAAGAGACAGCGUUUGCAAAAUUAUUCUGGUUCGAAAAAUUCUAAUCCGUCUCAAUUAUCGACACCGCCUCAGAUUAAAACUUGUACGUUCUGUAAAAAGAAUGGUCACACAGCUGAUGACUGUUUUGCCAAACAACGCUCGGAAUCGUCGAGCCUGAACGUUCAUAGCGUUAAUUUUUGUAGCAAGUUGGAUGACAAUGUUAUCAAGUGUAGCAAUGACGUCACAAGCGCAGUUAUUCAAAGCAUACCGAUUGACGUUUUAGUAGACAGCGGUUCUUGCAUCUCACUUAUAUCGAGUUCGGUGUUGAAACAUUUUAAAACUACUCUCAAACCGACAUAUCGCGUAUUAAAAGGCAUUGGUAGCCAACACGUCGAAAGUACCUCAUUUGUGACGUUAGUCAUUGAACUUCCUCGCAUUUCGAUCGAGGCGGAUCUAUACGUAGUUCCCCAUUAUUGCAUUAGUAUUCCGGUCAUUAUCGGUACGGAUAUUUUAAAUCGUGAGGGUAUAACGUAUAUCCGACAAAACGGCGUUCAGAUUCUGACUCACACAGAAGUAACUGCUACCGUCAAUAAUACUCAGUUCAAUGUUCAAAAUGUAGACACGCCCCUUUUAGGUGCAGAUAGGGAACAACUUUUGUCGGUUAUAAGUGAUUACUCGAGUUCGUUCAUAACGGGCACAGCUACGUCGACGGUCACAACGGGUACCAUGAAAAUAGCUUUAACUACCGAAGCUGAAGGUUACAAGUACGUGCUAGUCAUAAUAGACGCCUUUUCGAAAUAUUUCCGCCUUUACGCCCUUUACCGCCAAGAUACUUCCGAGUUAAAACGCGCAUAUACUGACGCUGUCUCACUAUUUGGCUCACCUAAGCUAUUAGUCACAGACCGAGCACGUAUGUUUGAAAGUUCCUCUUUCCAAGACAUGGUUAGAUCUCUUGGUAGCGAUAUUCACUUUAUUACUCCGGGUAUGCACCAUGAAAACGGGCAAGCCGAACGCUAUUGUAGAACCCUACUUAACCUAUUACGUAUAGAGGUUAACCAUAGGCAACAAAGCUGGCCUGAAGUCUUAUGGAAGACGCAACUUAUUCUGAAUAGCACUAGACAUAGCACGACCAACUUGUCUCCGCUGCAAUUACUCAUCGGCAGCGAAUCAUCUACACCUAUCAUACGUGCCCUGGUCCGAGAUGUUGCGCUUGAUAUCGCAACUUCUAACCGCGAGGCGACUAUGGCACUACGUAGACAACACGUUUCGUCACUGUUGUCGGCUAACCAGCAAAGACAGGACGAGUAUGUCAAUAAAAACCGGAAAUCGCCCCGAGGGUUUGAAGUAAACGACAAGGUGUUUGUAAUUAAAGCUUCACAGGCAGCAGGUAAACUCAACUCUUGUAUGCGGGGUCCUUAUAAGGUGCUGAAAUGCCUUCCACACCAUCGUUAUGAACUGGAACUGCUGGUUGCCUCAUACGGUAAGCGUACUGAGGCUGCUGCCGAAAAUAUGGUGUUGUGGGCGGGAGAAUGGACUCCUGAGACUUGCGCUGCAUUUUUGAUUGUAAGUUGCACACUUUAUUCACAAGUAUUGUCAUAGUCGGUGUUAAUGGUAUUCAUGGAAGUGUGUUUUGAUACACCACGCUGGCAUUGAGUGUUAAUCUCUGUCGUGCGGUCACGCUGGCAUCGAGUGUUAAUCUCUGUCAUGCGGUCACGCUGGUGUCGAGUGUAUCUCCACCACGCGGUCACGCUGGUGUCGAGUGUAUCUCCACCACGCGGUCACGUUGGUAUCGAGUGUGAUUCUCUACCACGGCAAGGCAGUUAGCUCACAAAGGGCGCUGUCAGGGCAUACUAGUCACUGCCCAACGUUUUUACUGGCCGAGCCAGGUUGUUCUGUAUGCAAGGGGGCCCUCGAGAUCGAUCUGUGUGAAUGUGGACAUAUUAAGUUGUAUGCUAAGCGAAUAUGAUUGAUGCCUUAUGAAAGUGGACUGGAAUGUACAUUUGUGUUUGAAAGACGAUGUCGUGAUUACUUUAGGCUCGUUUUGUGAUGAUGAAUUUUAACGCGUCUUAUUAAUUUUAGCUGAAGCUGAUGAACUCACAAACGAGACCACGUCUGAGGAUGAAGCGGGUCCAAGUCGCGAGUCUUGCAGGGUUGCGGACGAGGUCGACCGCCCGUCAGGAGAAGCCGUGUAACAUGAUGUCCC